AUGACUGGACAGACUUGGAAACGGCAAAUAGAUGGAGCUUGGCAGGGUGAAGCAGUGGAUAUGAAGUAUCUGCAGGGAUUCAAAAAAAGACUUGAAGAGGUGCGUUCACUAAAACAACUUGGGCCACAAAUAGCUCUUUUGCUAAAUGAACGAGGAGUUCAAAGCGAAGUAGAGACAACAAUCGAAGCGGCAUUGAGAAAUACUGCAGUACUUGACUACAAUCCACUCACAGAACAUGUAUGGAAUUCAAGAGUAGCGAUGGCUGAAAAGGCCUUGGAUCCUAUCAUUGAACGCACCAUACCGGUGCUGAAAAGCCGGCUGCAACCAAAUAAGCUUGAAAGUCACCAGAUGACAGCAGAAUUGGAAAAGUAUAAAAAUUUCCUAUGCCGAACCAAAAUCAAGGAAAAGUUACAGAUUGAAAGAGAAACGUUACUCAAUCAGUUGUCUGCUAAGCUUGUCGAGAAAGAGCGGGAAACCGACAACCGUAUCGGUAAUUACGUCGAGCAGGGUAGAUUCUUGACGGAAAUUGCUGCUAAAAUUGUUUGGAUCCGGCAGCAAACUAUCAAGCUCGACCACAUGCAAUCGCUGUGUUCAGCGUUACUCGACGAUCUCCCAGGUUAUGCGGCUUUGAGCAAUCGAAUGAAAUUGUUUAUGGAGAAACUGAAGCAAGCAGAACAAGAAAGCUUUGAUCAGUGGUGUCGCGAAACAAUACAAGCCAUCGAUGAUCCAACAGAUUCUAUCGCAUUGGAAACAAAGGGAAAAAUUAUGGUACUCGAACAAAAGAGAGGAACCCUCAACGUUAAUUAUAGCGAUCGCCUUAUCAAGCUGCUGAAAGAGGUUCGACAGCUCGCUAGUCUUGGAUUGAACAUACCGUCGAAAAUCAUCAACUGCGUGAAUCAGGCUGAGAAGUUUUACAGAUUUGGUGUUGUUCUCAAGCAGAUCGCGCACUUUUAUAAUACAAUUGAUCAGCAAAUGCUGCCAUGUCAGCAGGCUCAACUUCUUGAUGAAGCCAUAGCUUUCGAACGGCUUGUCAUUCCGCGAAAAAACGAAGAGAGCGACAUCUCCCGAGUCACGUGGGAAGAUCCAAAAGAGCUGGAGACCUUUAUAACGAAACUGCAAGGAGCAUCGAACAAGCUCUCCAGUCACAACAGGUACUGUGCUUUCUCACGCCAAGAAUGUUUUCAGAAACGAUGCAUCGAUUUUAGACGACUGCGAAAUGCACACACAGAGAUUGUUCACAUGGUUUUGGAACUGGUAAAUUUGGAUGUGUUGAAGGAGGUCAACAGAUGGAAAGAACUACUCAUUAAGAUUCGAUCUAAGAUUUCUGAAGAGGAACUCGUUCAUGGCGCACCAAAAGCAAGCCUUCGUCCAUGGCAGAUUCACUGGAAUUGGCAGCUAUAUAAGGCGCUACAAUUGCAGUAUCAAUGGGGAAUUGAAAGCCUGCAUGCGCAAAUACCAUUGAUACAUACACAGUUGAUUUUUAUACAGCAGAAGCUGCAGUUGCGUCCCCCAAUUGAAGAAAUACGUGCAAAAUAUUAUAAAGAAAUGCGUAAACUGCUUAGUAUUCCAGAGAAAUUCAAAGGUGUUCUUGAUAGUGAACAGGCGGGCAAAUUCUUUUCAUCGAUGCUCUGGAAGAAUGCGAACAGGUUCCCUAGUAUCUAUGAGAAAGCUGAACAACUGAUGGAAGCGGUCGAGAAUGUGGAUUCGCAGUUUGCUGACUGGCUGAUCCUUGCUCAAGUUGAUCUUGAACAGCUGAUUGAAGAAAAACUUACGACGGCUUCGGAUUGGGAAACUCAGAUGAAAUUUCUCAAAACAAAAGGAAGAGAAGCAGAGAAGCUACCAAAGCUUCAGCACUUGUCUUGGCGACUUAUUUGUAGCGAAAUUCGACUCGAAUGCAUCGUAGUGAGCACGGCUGGUGCUAAAUCUGCGAUUGACGAACUUCUCCAAAGGCUGUUCGACACACUCACAUGGACUCUUCGACUAAGCAUUACUACGAAGUUGCAAACUAUUCAACAGUUUCUCAACCAGGCUAGUUUUAUCUAUUUUGCGUCAUGGAUAUUACUUCCGCAUGAAAUCUCCCGACCUCAAUCGAUUGACGAAGUUGCUGAAGCCAAUGCCCGUCACACUGAAUAUGGAAAAACGAAUAGAGAGUUAAAAGCUUCAUGGAGUGUGCUUAACGAGCAACAUACACUGCUCCGCUCCGUAGCUGGCAGUGGAGUUGAGCAAAUGGGCUCAUUGACGCAAGAGUGGGAGAAGUUCGAACUGAUGUUGGAUACCCAUCAACAAAUGAUCAAAGAACAGGUGGAAGUGCUAAAAUCAAAUGUGGAUACAAGAGUAAAAUCGUUGAAUGACGAAUCGGAGAAGCUGCUUGCGAGAUGGAACCAAUUCAAACCGAAAAGCGACGCGUUACAAGGCGAUAGACAAGCACUGUUAAAAGCUAUAGAGUUCAUAAAGGAGAAACGAGCGGAGUACGACGAGUUGAUUGUAAGCAAGGAAAAACUUGAAAAGGAAUGCGAUCAAUUUGAUCUUAAAAGGCCGGAUUUCACAACGCUAGAUCAGCUGGGAGCAGACAUCCAGGAGUACGAGAACAAUUGGGUCAUUUUCGAGGAGUUCAAUACUGAACUGCAAUCUCUAGCCAGUGAGGAAUGGAUAGUGUUUAGGUAUGACAAUUAGAG